CCCCCGCCCCCGCAACUCGCGUGUUGCGUGCGUUGCGCCUGUCUCACGCCCCCGGUUCUUGGCCCUGGCCCCGCACUAGUCCACGCGCGCAAGCGUUCGCAACAUGUCGCGCCAGUCGCCCGCGUCAUGCGUGCUGCGAGAUGCUGCCGAGGAUCUGGGGUGCAUGCAUGCGUGCGCCGGACGUGCCCGCUGCUGCUGCUGCGGCGUCGCCUGACGUGCGUGCGGGAGUGUGAGAUGUGAUGGGAGGAGUGUGUGUUGUUGUGUUGUUUUUGUUGCUGUUGUUGGAGGUAGCUGGGUGUGUGGGUGUGUUUGGUAGAGGAGGUUGGAGGGAAGUUUGGUUAUCGCUUGGCCACCCUGCGUCGCUGCUCAGCCAAGUCAGAGCUCGGCCUGCUUCUGCUGCUCGGGCCGAAUGGCCACGGCGUGCACUGCUGGGCCUGGGAUGCGGGCCUGUUUUUCCACGGCCAUGAUGAUGGCGGCCUGGGGCGUGAUUGACUUGUGCCUGGCUGAUUGGCCCAAGACUCAGGCAUGUUUUGGCUCUGGCAAGUUUGGCAACCCGGGCCUGCCCUAUUCUAUUCUUCUCUCGUCGCUUGUCUCUUGACCACCUGUUUCCUUGCAGUCAGCCGCGUGUCGGUGCACGUUGCCGCAGGGCUUUGUAUAUAUGCUUCUGGUCCUGCUGCUUGAAGCGCUGUUUAUUACUACCACUACUGCUACCGUACGCCUGCUCUUCGUUUGGCGAAAUACCCUUCUUCUUCUUCUUCUUCUUUGGAGUCUACUGCUUUCACUUUGCCAUUGCAUAGCAUCAUUCUUGUCCCUCAAUUGUUUCUUCCAUCUCUCUCCACCAUGCCUUUCA